ACCGCGUCCACACGACCAGCUCAUCAUCUCCUACCUUCCCUCCUUUUAUUCUCCUUGUUAUAUCAAAGCUUACAGCUCGCUCCAGACAUGGCGAUGAAGGCAGUGUCUGUGAUCUCUGGCGAUUCUCUAGUCUUGCGCGGAAACCCGGGGCCUCAAGGACAACUUCCCAAGGAGCGUGUCCUCCACCUUGCAGACAUUGCAGCGCCCAGGCUCGGCACUCAGAGCAGGGAGGACGAGCCAUGGGCCUUCGAGUCUCGCGAAUUCCUGCGCGCCUUCGCAGUCGGCAAGCCAGUGACCUUCACCGUCUCGCACUCGCUCCCGCCUAACGAGGACGUUCCGCGUGACAUCGGCGUCGCGCAGAUCGGCGACGUGGACCUCGCAUCCGAGCUUCUCCGCAACGGCUGGGCAAAGCUCAAGGACAUGAAGCGGGAACCAGCGGAGGACGACCUCCAGAGGCGCGAGCUCGAGAGCGAGGCGAAGGCCGCCGGGAAGGGUGUCUGGAACCCGCACGGGCCGAAAGCGCGCACAGUACACUACAUGAUGCCCACUGACUCGCAGGGGUUCAUCUCGGAGUGGAAGGGUCGUCCCAUCGACGCAAUCCUCGAGCAAGUCAAGGACGGUUCGACAGUGCGUGUCCGCCUGCUCAUGCCGGAAGGUGAUCAUCAAUUUGCCAACAUCGCCAUGGCUGGCGUGCGCUGUGCACGUGUCGCCAGUAAGCCGGGCGAGACGUCCGAGCCUUGGGGUGAAGAGGCCAAGUUCUUCACCGAGAUGCGUUUGCUGCAGAGGCCUGUGCGCGUCGUACUCCUGUCGCUACCGAACGCUACGGCAACGCCGUUCCAGGUUGGGGCUAACACCGCUCCUCCUCCUGCUACGAUCUUUAUUGGCACUAUCUUGCAUCCUGCCGGCAAUAUUGCUGAGUUGCUCGUUGCAUCCUGUCUUGCACGGGUCGUCGACUGGCAUGCUGGUAUGCUCGCCAGCAGCGGAGGGAUGGAACGCCUCCGUGCAGCGGAGAGGACGGCGAAGGAGAAGCGGCUGUAUCUGUACGCGAACGCCGCUGCGCCCUCAGCCAAGACGAACGGAACCGCUGUGAACGGGGGCUCUCGGACCUUCGAUGCUACCGUUAUACGGGUGUGGAGUGGAGACCAGAUCUCCGUGACCGACAGGAAUACCGGUAAGGAGCGCCGCUUGCAGCUUAGCUCGACGAGGGCUCCAAGGAUGUCGGACCCCAAGCAGGCGUAUUAUGCCCAAGAGGCGCGCGAGUUCCUGCGUAAACGUCUCAUUGGUAAGCAUGUGAAGGUGCAGAUCGACUUCAUUCGCCCGAAGGAAGGCGAGUUCGAGGAGCGGGAAUGCGCUACUGUACGGUACGGCAACCAGAACACGAACAUCGCUGAGCAGCUCAUCGAGAAGGGGCUUGCCACCGCGCUGCGUCACAAACGCGAUGAUGAGGACCGGUCACCAGACUAUGACAAACUCAUGGCUGCCGAACAAGCUGCCGCCGCAGAAUCGAGAGGGAUUCACUCCGGCAAGGACCAGCCAUCUCCGAAGCAGCCACUGAACAUCUCCGAGUCUCAUGGCCGCGCCGCACCCUUCCUGAACAGCUUCAAGCGGUUAGGCAAGAUCCCCGCGGUCGUUGAUUACGUCGCCGCUGGCUCCCGCUUCAAGGUUUUCUUGCCCAAAGACAACCAAGUCUUGACUCUUGUUCUCAGUGGCGUCCGCGCACCGCGCACCGCGCGUAACCCAUCGGAGAAGAGCGAGCCGUACGGGCCGGAGGCAUCGGACUUCGCGACACGGCGAUACAUGCAACGCGACGUGGAUAUUGAGGUUAACGAGGUCGACAAGUCUGGCGGGUUCAUCGGUUCGCUGUACCUCAAUAAGACGGAGAACGCUGCCAUCACGCUCGUUCGCGAGGGUCUUGCGACGGUGCAUUCGUACUCUGCAGAUGGCUUGCCGUGGGCGCGCCAGUUGUACGAUGCGGAGAUUUGGAAAGACUAUGACGAGGAAGCGGAGCAGGAACCCGUACCGCAGGACACCAAUGGUGAUGCUCUCAAGCCGGAAUACCUCGAUGUUAUUGUCAGCGACGUCCGAACUAAGAAUGGCUUCGCUUUCUCCAUCCAGAUCCUCAACACAGAAGGCAUCGCAUCCCUUGAGAAGCUCAUGCACGACUUCUCGCUGCAUCACCAAGGCGCAGCGCCUGCGGCGAGCUUCAUUCCGAGGGGUGGCGAUCUAGUGUCAGCGAAGUUUUCCGAUGGGUCAUGGUACCGAGCGAGGGUCCGACGUGCAUCGCCAGUGAAGAGGGAAGCAGAGGUGACCUUCAUUGACUACGGAAACCAAGACACGGUCAGCUUCGCGAACAUCCGGCCUUUGGAUCCCAAAUUCCGCUCCCUGCCCGGCCAAGCUCAUGAUGCACGACUGAGUUUCAUCAAGCUUGUCGGGCCAGAGAGCGAGUACCAUGCAGAGGCUAUCGACCGAUUUCGCCAGCUCGGAGAGGGCCGCAAGCUGAUCGCAAACAUUGACCACCGGGAAGGCUCGCUCUUGCAUCUACGCCUGUUUGACCCCAACGACGCCGCAGCCCAGAGCGACCCCAGUGUAUCCAUCAACGCGGACCUGAUCCGCGAAGGUCUUGCUACCAUCGACCGCAAGACUUGCAAGUACCUGUCUGCUUACCCCAGUGUGGUCAAGGGACUGCAGCAGGCCGUCGCUACCGCGAAGCGGGAUCGGGCGGGCAUGUUGAGUUGGGCGACGUAGAGGAGGAUGAUUGAGCUCGUGCUCCCAAAGCACUGAGCUAUCGAAAUGGUCGGCAUGUAUAGGCAUACGCACGACUGCUGUUGAUAAUACACUCCCCGCUUAGGUUUAAACAAACCGCUGAGCCUGGAAAGAGGAACCACACUCUGCCAUCAUGUGGAUAGCCUUAUCAUCCUCAAAUAUUACGGCCCACAAAGCAGUGCAGCUGCAGUGACAACGAUGGUUCUUCAAGUGGACCACCUUGUGUCAAUGGCAAUCUGGCACGGACUCAGAUCAGC